GAAGCGUUCGUCGGCAGUCAAGGCCUCGUUCUGUGUCGUGCUCCAGAAGCAGCAGCACCGCGCCCCUCGCUCCUGCCCAGUCGCAGCUUCCGCAAUCGUCGAAUCUCCACGGGAGCUCGCGAAGUUUGUGCCUCAGCUUUUCUUCAUUCUCUCGGCGCGUUUGGGGCUGGGCAUCGGUUUUUCGGACAGAUAGGUGUCAGCCAGUGGCAAUCCGCACAGAAUUUGUCGAUUCUCUGUCGUUGGUCCGGGUCGGAUUUCGUCGAUAGAGCGAUAGAGAUUUUGAUUGAGAAUUUGGUUGUGUGUGUGUAAGUGAGGUUUUGAUUGUCCAAAGGAGCUAUCACGAGCAGGGGAAGCGGAGGGGAUGGAUUUUGAUUACAGAAAAGGAGGAGGAGGAUUGACCACUUCUGGUAGGCAACAGGCCUCCGGCUACGACAGCAAUUCCAGACAGCCGAUGUAUGUACCGCGGUAUGAGCGAAGUGGAAGUGCACCCGUUUCGCAGAAUCAAGCUUACUAUCCACGAAUUGCUCAACCUGUGGGUCCGUCGGUGAAUCGUCCUCCUGCACCGAUCCCUAACAAUCCGUCUGCUAGCAAUUUACCAGGAUCGGGUAUCAGAGUUGCCAUUAAGCCAGAAUAUCGAGUUGGACCUGCGGUACAGCUGAUACUGCCACAAAAUGCGGAGGUACCUAGAAGUUUGUUCAACUUCGAUUUCGAGCUGGAGAGACGAAUAUUAGCAGAAGCAGAAAGGGGAGCACAAGGUUGGGAUCCUGCAAGGGCCAAUGGCGAACAAAAUCUUACUCCUGGAAUGGUAGAUGAUCCGGUGGUCAGAAAAUAUCUUGCUAUGGGUCUACAUAGGGAAGCUGUGGUGAUGGCAGUGACGACUUACGGGGAUGUUCAGAAUAAGGUGCUCGAUUUUGUCCCCUCCUACAACUUAUUGAGAGAAAUGGGGUUCCCAGCUGUUGCUGUUACCGGAGCCUUGGCGAUGUAUGACAAUGACAGGGAGCGAGCUCUCGCCCACUUUGUCUAGAUAGGAACUUGCAUCCUGACUUUUACAGUCAUGAUUUGGGGAUAAGUAUGCUUCAUAAUUUUGGCGACCAAGGUUUUUAAAAUACCAAUCUCACAUUCUAAGAUUGUCUACGUGAUGUACAAUAGAUUGGCCAACAUGUACGGGCCCAUUCCUCUUCAUCAGCGGACAUCAUAGGCAUUAGAACUCCUUUUUAAGCCCCCGAAUGCUACUUAAGAGCACGGUUUGGGGUGGUUCCAGUAAUUGUAGUAAUUCCAGUAACUUGCUACUUUAAAACUUGCGUGGGAACCGAUGGAGGCCAAAGUUAAUUGACCACCAACAAACAACCAAUCCCGGUCGAUCGACCAGUUUAAUUCUUUACCCACACGGGAGUUCAAACUCUCAACACAUCAUUUGUAAAUAAUGCGUUGUCAAUUUUAGUGGUGAAGGAAGCUUCUUCUUUCUAAUAAUAAAGUCUUUUCGAACCUG